AUGCCUGUAUUAGACACUCGAUUCAAGGGCAUCUGCUUUGAUAUCGGUGGAGUCGUCAUUACGUCCCCAUUAAUCGCUAUUGCACAGUAUGAGCGUGAACGCGGCUUUCCAAGAGACUGGCUCAACGUCCUCAUAACUGGACACGGGCAUGGUGGCUCAUGGCAGCGAUUCGAGCGCGGUGAAAUCGACCUUUACACCUUUUACGACGGAUUUGGUCGAGAUCUCUCCGAUGUUCGACGCGGAAAGUCUUGGUACGCACAAUACUGCACGAAGAAAGGCUGGACAUUCCCAACCCUCCCUCCGAGCUCUGAAAUGAAAGUAGAUGGUAGAGAGCUCUUUGGGCGAAUGAUGCGAGGCUCCCAGUUUGACGAUCUGGUUGUCCGAGCUAUCAAGAUCAUAAGAGCCACAAGACAAUACCGCGUCGUGGCUAUCACCAACAACUUUGCCGGCUCGACGAGCAACGUAGACGAAGAGGAAAAGAAAUUCCUUGGAUGGGAUGGAGGAGCAGCUUCCACGUCUUUACAGCUCCGCGCAUUGUUUGAUGACUACAUCGACUCGUCUGAAGUAGGCUUAAGGAAACCGGAUCCAGCAAUAUACAAACUUGCCUGUGAGCGUAACAGUCUCAAGCCGCAAGAGACCAUUAUGCUCGAUGAUCUUGGAAUGAACCUAAAACCUGCGAAAGAGCUGGGAAUGACCACGAUUCAGGUCAAUAUCGGGCGUUCAGAGGAAGCAGUCCGGAAGCUUGGAGAGUUACUUGCGCUCGACUUGUUGGAUGGAGGUGCGCCUAUGUCGCGCUUGUGA